AUGGCCGAAAACGUGAAAGUGGUUGUACGAUGCCGGCCAAUGAAUAAACGGGAACAACAUUCAUCUUGUAAGAAUGUGAUUGAAAUCGAUAAUGCGGUGGUUAACCUGGACAAUCCAAACGAUUCUAACGCGCCGCAAAAGUCUUUCCAAUUUGACAAUGCGUACGGUUACGCAGCCACGACCGAGAACAUUUACAGCGACAUUUGCUAUUCGUUGGUUGAGAGUGUUCUCGAGGGUUACAAUGCUACGAUUUUCGCCUACGGUCAAACAGGUUGCGGCAAAUCGCACACAAUGCAGGGAACUACGUACAACGUGUCCGCGGUUGAUCCUAACAAUGCCAACAACAUCGGAAUCAUCCCCCGAUCGUUCGAACACAUUUUUGAAGCGAUAUCGUUGGCCAACGAGGUCCGUUACCUGGUGCUGGUUAGUUAUCUGGAAAUUUACAAUGAAACCAUACGGGAUCUGCUGCAGCCUGCAGCAUCAUCGAGUACGGGCCAUGGGACUCCGACAACUAGUUUAUCGAUCAAGGAGAUCGCCGGCGAAGGAGUUACAGUCCAAAAUCUAUCCCUUCACACAGUUCACGGAAUGAAGGAAUGCAUCGAGCUGCUCGAGAUGGGCGCUAAAAAUCGUAUGGUAGGGGCAACACUCAUGAACAUCGAAAGUUCUCGAUCGCACUCCAUCUUCACCAUCAGCUUGGAACAAAUGUCAACAAGUGUAACCGGUGAAGGCGCGACCAUUAAACGCGGCAAACUGAACCUGGUUGACUUGGCCGGUUCAGAGAGACAAAGCAAAACGGGAGCAACCGGCGAACGACUAAAAGAAGCUACGAAAAUUAAUUUAUCAUUAUCUGCGCUUGGCAACGUGAUUUCGGCAUUAGUAGAUGGGAAAACCAAGCACAUACCGUACCGGGAUUCGAAGCUUACCCGCCUGCUACAGGAUUCGCUUGGCGGAAACACAAAGACGCUGAUGAUCGCUUGCAUUUCACCGGCCGAUUACAACUACGACGAAACUCUGUCUACGCUGAGGUACGCCAGCCGGGCAAAGAAUAUAGCCAACAAACCACGUGUGAACGAAGACCCGAAAGACACGAUGCUGCGCGAAUAUCAGCAGGAAAUAGUGCGCUUGAAGGAGCUCCUAAAAGGUGAAACCAACAAUUUCACCGAAAAUACCUUCGAAGAAGCAGGAUUCGAGAAGGAAAAGCAAUUAUUGAAAUUACAAUACGAUCAAGAGGUGGCUCGGUUGAAGCGGGAGCACGAGGAGCAGAAAAUUGCAAAACAAGAACUGGUGAAGGACAUAGAAAAAAUCAAAUCAUACUACGAGCAACAAAUGAACCACAUUUACACGAAAAAAACAUCCGAGAAUGAAACAGCACCAGUUCCGAUGGGGGUUCCGGGUGUCAACCGGAAAGAAAUAUACGGGCGCAUUAAACAGAUCAAAGAUGCGCUUGUCGGUGGAGAACGAGCCAACGAUAUACAGCUUAAGGAAAAGCGCUACCGUAAUAAGCUCGCGUCAGAGAAGCGAAUAAAUGCGUUAGCCCAAGCAUUGAGCAAAAUAGAGCAAACGGAAGAUCGGGAUUUACUGCAGGGUCACUGUACCGAUACUCAACAAGAGCUUAAGAAGCGAUAUGAUCAAAUACGAGCGCUCCGAAAGCGAACCAAGGCUCUCGAACAAGAAGUGUCUGAUAUUCAGGGAGAAUUUCAGCGCGAAAGGGAUGAUUACCUUGCUACCAUUAGGCUGUUGGAAAAGAAAAUUCUGUUCUAUGAAACCCUGUUCCACAAAGCGAUGCCCAUCCUCCGCAAGGAUGGUCGUUAUUGGAACAUAGAGUAUCUGGAAAAGGAGUCAGAGUGGAGUGAUGAUUUGCGUAAAUGGCGGCUACCAGACGACACUUUGUUACGGUUGCGACUACCGCCGGCAGAAACGUCCCCCCCGCCAGAGGAGAAGUCACCUGCGAAGUCGUCUGGCCGGGAAAGUCAAACUUCGUUAACGGCCCCCGGACGCCUGGAACGUAGCUCGACAAUGAUACUUGCCAAAUUGCCGCAGUUUGAACGCACCAUCACGAGCACGAGCGAAGACCAACCGAAGCAGCAAAGUAAAGAAUUUCUUAGCAAAAGCACCAACUACAGCCCGUUUCCUAAAAUUGAAGAUGUUGCAAUGGCGUACUUUAGGCCCCGUAGAGCCGCAGAACUCGUUUACAAGAGUGGGUGGCGCACGGUGCAAAAGUGA